AUGGACGCCAUAGCCAAUACUCUUAUACAAAGGCUACACAAGCUCAACGGGUUCACCGACCACUUUCCUAAUCUUUCCCUUUUCCCGCCUACGGACUUUACGACGCAUCUAUGGGACAUUCUUUCAACAGGGACCCCACUAUGCUAUGUUUUCGAUCAACUACCGGAGGACGAGGACUUUGUGAAAAUCAAUCUAUCAUCACUCACAAAAAGUCCUUUUGAACAGAACUCUGACCGUGCCAUGAAGGACGCCAUUUCGAUUUUUGCACUACAGGUUCGCGCCAAACCAGUUCUCGAUAAAAUCCCAGGAUGCGAGAUCUUCAGCGUAGAGGAUUUCUGGGAACGCAAGUCAACAGAAAACUUUUUGAAGGUACUCAAUACAGUUAACGCCAUUCUCGACUACCUGCCACAAGAUGCCUUCAAAGGGGAUCCAACCUCACCCUACCCUCCUCUCAGCGGCUUAGAUACCAUCGAAUACAAUAAUUCCGUAAGGAACGCCAUCAUUCAGAAUAUAUUGUCGACAGAACAAAUGUAUGUUCAAGACUUGAAGCUCAUGCAAGAGUAUGCUCUUGCCUUAUAUAACACCAAUGUUUUUACCCAAGAAUUAUCUCGCAUACUUUUUCCGAAUCUGAAGGAUCUACUCGAAUUUCAACGAAGAUUCCUGAUGCGCCUUGAAUUUAUAUCCAAAUUACCUUUUCAUGUACAACCCUGGGGCCAACAAUUUAUCAAUGAGGAAGAUGGGUUCGAGCUAUACGAUAAAUACUGUAUCAACUAUGUAAACACACUUGAGCUUGUCACGGCCUACAAAAACGUCCUUUCAACUCUUAACCAUAUUAUCAAUGUCCAAACCGAGCUGCAAAGUUUCCUUCUCAAGCCAAUUCAACGAAUUCGUCAGUAUCCUGCUCUCUUAGAGCCGCUUGUCAAGACAUUCACCCCCGAUACUCAUAUGCACUACCAGGAACUAAUGCGUGGCUUAGACGUCGCCCGCCGUGUUGCUGAUAGGACCAAUGGCGCCCAAUAUCGUGCAGAAAAGCCUAAAGUGUUGAAUAAUCUCUUAAAAAGGGUUCGGAAUUGGAAAGGUCAUUCUCCAUCCAGUUUCGGAGAGCUUCGUGCCUACGAUCUCGCCCUCGUAACAAAGAACGGAACUUCUAGGCCGUAUGCGAUCUUCCUGUUCGAAAAGAUCCUUUUACUUUGCAAGGAGAUGGGCCGGAAAAGGUAUCCUGCACAACGCUAUGCUGCACCGUCCGACGCAGACGCAAGUGCGAUGUGGCAAAAUGACAACCCGCUGGAGCUCAAAGGUCGCAUAUAUCUUGUUCACAUUCUUUCGAUAACUUCUGAUAGUGAUACAGAUGUGAUUGCUACAGCCCACGAUUUUUGUUACCCUCUGACCAUCAUUUGGCUUGAAAACAAUUUGCCAGAGUCGUUUACUCUGCAAUGUCGACAUGAGUAUCAACGAUCGCAUUGGCACGGAACCUUUAAGAGCUUGAUGCUAAGAGUUAAUCCAGAGACCUUUGAACAACCCAAUUCCAAUUCUCCUCGACCAACCAUUCCACCUGAGCGACGUCACGCUAUUAACUACCAUGCAAACUUUAGGCGCUCGGCCCUCCAUAAAAUGUUCGAGCACUCAGAAAGCUCCACUGGAUAUAUUUCAACCAGUAGGGGAGAAUACUCGCUUUCGGAUUCUGAUGGUGAUGACCUCGAGGACUAUUCUGAGGCGUCUUAUCCUCCCUCCGGAAGGCAAACCCCACUAAGUGAGCGCCGAUUGCACAGGUCGCGGAGUUGGCAAAUUAUAACAACAACAACAAAGGUCGAUGGCAAUGAUAUCAAUGCUCGACGGAAGUUGGGACGAGUGAAAAGCACCAGUUCCCUCCCAAGGCCUAUCCCUGAGGCAUUCUCAUUGUCAGACGUCGUGGCAGGCGAAAAUCUCAGGUCACCAGUUGAAUAUAAUCGUUCCCAGGCAUCAAAUCAGUCUCACUUCAGCGUUCAUAUCCCAUCUCUGCAAAUAAAUGAUGCAACCGAAGGACAAGAUAAUCCGUUGGAUCACCCUUCUUCAACGACCAAAAUCAAGAUCCAUUUCCAGUCACAUAUUUUUCUCAUAAGGAUGUCAAAGACAAGCGAAUUCAGUGCGUUGCAAGAUGAGCUGAUGGCCAAAGUCAGGAUUUUGGAUCCCAUACGAGCUCAAUCAGGCGUUCAGCUUCGCAUCAAGUAUCAGGAUGAGGACGGAGAUAUAAUUUCACUGAUAUCAACAGAUGAUCUGCAGAUGGCACUCGAGUGUGGGAGUCAAAUUAGCCUAUUUGUAUCAUGA